CGAAAAUCCUCGUAAAAUGUCACGUGUACGUUCUUUUUUCUCGCACAGAAUUCAUCAUGGGUAAGCCCAGGGGAAUUCAGACCGCUCGUAAACUGCGAACCCAUCGUAGAUUACAAAAGUGGCACGAUUUAGGCUACAAGAAAUCUCAUUUGGGAACAAGAUGGAAGGCCAACCCUUUCUCUGGAGCUUCUCACGCUAAAGGAAUCGUCCUUGAGAAAGUUGGAGUAGAAGCCAAACAGCCUAACUCUGCUAUCAGGAAGUGUGUAAGAGUACAGUUGAUCAAGAACGGCAAGAAGAUCACAGCCUUCGUACCCAAUGAUGGUUGUUUGAACUAUAUUGAGGAGAACGACGAGGUCCUCGUUGCUGGAUUCGGUCGUAAAGGUCAUGCUGUGGGAGAUAUUCCCGGAGUACGAUUCAAGGUGGUCAAGGUCGCUAACGUAUCUCUGCUCGCUUUAUACAAAGAGAAGAAGGAACGACCAAGAUCAUAGACACUUCUAAUUACCUGUAGCAGCCAACUUGUAUAAAUAAAUACCGUAACAAGA